AUGUCGAACCCUCUGCGCUGUUUCAAGUGUCAGAACUUUGGCCAUAGCCAGUCGAGAUGUCGACACGCAGUCGUGUGUCGUCGUUGUGGCAAGACCGGGCAUCCUGAAAAGGAGUGUAAGGCUAGUCCCUGCUCUCCCAUAUUGCCACGGGCCAGCACACAGCCUUCAGUAAGGAGUGCGUCAUCAAAGAGUAGAAAGCGCAAAAUGGUUGCUUCUUUCAGGAGGCGAGAAAGACUGUCUGCCCGCCAGCUACGACUUCGGCCCCAGGCUGGUCUUUUUCGAAGGCUGUCCGGCUGGGUCACGUUGUCGACCAGUACUUCAAGUGCCGACCUCGCAGAGCCCAUGGUCAACCGGCAAAGAGCUUCUCCCAAAAGUGAGAAGCCUCCCCCCCGUCCAGGUGCCACUCUCAAAACCGCUUCAUGGUCCUAG